AUGGCUGUCUCCUCCCUCGGGUCAAUCACACCCACUCGGUCAAGGGGUUGGUGUGAUCUGGCCUCUUCGUUCCUCGAAGUUUCGCAUGGCUACUUCGCGGUCUUUGAGCUGGCUUACCGAGGCUGCAUUGUAGAGGCAGAAUUUGCCAUCCAACAGGCUGGCAGGCUCUCCGCAUUCUCUAAGGAGAGUCAAAAGAUGGUUGCUCUACGAACAAAACCACCAACAGGCAGUUUGGAGAGGAAUAGCCUGCCACCGAUAUGUCCAAACCGUCGAACCCUUCCUCCUCGCGUCGGACAUCCCACUCUGCCUUUCGCAUACCACCCACAAUGCUCCAUGGUUCGCAUGACGGGCUGUGAGGACACCGACAUGGUGGUCCGAAGGCCACGCCGCCGAGCGGAGGUGCAGCCUGUAGCGACCCGAAUACCCGCCUGCGACUUUCAACUCACGCAGUCAGACAAACCAUCAGGUCGCAGUGAUAGCAAGACGAGUAGCAAAGUCUCCAAUUGA